AUGACCGGCAAGAGAAGAAGUGAGGCGAUCACAAUCGAGGACAGCGAGGACGAGCUAGCGGUCUCUCAGCCAGAGCUCAGCCUGAAGAGACCACGUCGCACGCUUGAUGAGGCGACGUCUGCCAGAGAACUGCUGACGCCAAGCACACCGCAGUCGACAAGACCCGGCCGGCAGAGACAAUCCACGACCAGCCCAAGCUCUGCAUUGCAAGACGUUGACUUUCUCAGCGAGAGCGAGGUACCUGAGCGCGACGUCGAGCCCGCGAAAGUCAUUCGCCGUGAGUUUGCUGGUGUUGCCCUCUCUGGGCCAGCAUACCCAAGAUCCGCGUACCAUGGCUGGCAAACACCGUCAGAGCCCAUGUUGGAAGCGCUCGCUAUCACGAAGCUCAGGACCGCUUUCGCCAGCAAAUACGCGGAAGUGCAAGAAGACGAGAAGCCGGACUACACAUUCUUCCGCCUGGAUGAUUUCAGCAUAUACCGCGGGGACAAAUCAAAUAACCAUGACGGAGAGCUGGUCUCGUUACACUUGUUGAGCCGAGAUUUCUAUGGAGAGUUCCUGUUCGAUGGCACGCUGUCCGUGGGCGACGAGAAGUUCUAUGUGCAAGGUGUCCCUUUCCGCAUACUGUCAGUCGAUGGCUAUGGCGAGGUAGAGAGUACAGAUCUCGGAAGCCAGCUGUGCAUUCAGUCACGCAUUGGUGGGAAGGGACAGCAAGACAUCUGGUAUCAGCUCGGCCGACCUGCGCAGGAGUACAAGAGAUUCUACCAGCCAUUCUUGUGGUUAGCACGUUUCACCAAACACUUUGUCGACUAUCUUCUCGAGCAUGAAAAAGUGUCCCUGAUGCAUUUCCACGGCUUAUUCCUGGAGUGGCUCAGAGACCAGUACGAUGAGGAGACGACCUUCCGUGAGUGGCUUGCAAUCGCGGGCCUUGAAGACUUUCGCGGACUCGUAGCUGCAAAUGUCGGCUAUCUGAGGAAAGAGUGCUAUGGCGUCGAUCCAGGUAAGCUUCUGCGCCACCCCCUCUGGGGCGAGGUCAAUCCACACCGAUUGGCAGCUAUACCGGAGCAGCCGAAUCUUGAGCCCAAGACUGUCGUAACGCCCUACGCCUACGAGUGCUUUAGUGCGAUGUACUUCGGUGACCAGCUGGCGAAACGCGAAGUCUCCACUGCGGUACUGAGAAGGGUUAUCAAGCGCAAACAGAGACUGCGAUUGACCCCGAGACACAUAGCACAACACGAGUCAAACGCAAUUUGCUCGUUGUUGACACCGGCGAGUAUGGCGCGCGACUCUCCUGAGCCGCCUCUUGACGUAUCCGCUGGCGACGUGGUGUGUGUGCAUCCGGAUCUUAGCACCAAAUGGGGUGCCGAUGGCAGUCCUUGGUUCGUAUAUGUUCAGCAAGUGCGUGCGCAUGGCGACCGCACCUUGCUAGAUGUAUUGUGGCUCUACGAACCCAAGGACACCACGAUGGGUAAGGCAUACUAUCCUUUCAAGAACGAGCUCUUCAUGUCCGACAACUGUUCUUGCGGGCGCGAAGCUCUGGAUCUCGAAUGUGCUAUCGAAAAGCUCGAUGUGUCCUGGUUUCCUCAAGACCCAUACGCAGAGAAAGGACUCUUCGUGCGGCAGAAGUUCCGCACUAUCCAUCAAGAGGAUACGUAUGACUUUGUUGCACUGCAUAACGAUGACUUUGUCUGCAAGUGCGAAGAUCGCGUGCCAAUAUUCGAGGAAUGCAGGAGCAAGUACGCGAUUGGCGACACGGUCCUUGUCCGAGAGUGGUCUAGUGAUCGAGGAGAAGACAGGCUCCAGCCAGCGCAAAUCGUACAUUUCGAUACCGCAAAGCGACGCAUUCAGCUUCGGCGGCUGGACAGAAGGAGUGAGAUCGAGCCAGAAUCAAACGCCCCGCCCAAUGAGCUCGUGCUAUCUCCAGAGCUCUACGACAAGUCCUGCGACAAGAUCAUUCGAAAGUGCCAUGUGCGCUUCUUCGGCGACGAGCGAGACGUUGUUGCUCCUUACGACCGUGGCGGACUUGGUGAUUUCUACUACAUUGGAUUCGAUGAGCCCGAAACUACUAUUUCCAAUACACUGCCGUUGCCAGACGAGAGCGGAGAGCUUGUUUAUGAUGCCCACGACUCUUUGCUCCCGCGGAUUAACCAAGGGUGGCAUCCCAAGACACAGCCACGAAAAGGGAAACUCAAGGGCAUGGGCAUCUUCUGUGGUGGUGGAACUUUCGACAGAGGUCUGGAGGAGGGCGGCAGUGUUGAUUUUCAUUACGCUGUCGACUGGGCUGAACAUGCGUUGCACAGUCAUCGUGCGAACGUCCUGAAGCCAGAGACAGUGAAGUACUUCCUUGGCUCUGUCGACGACUGCCUCGCAAACGCCAUGAAAGGCAAUAAGAAUGUCGCUGGGCCUGGUCAGGUCGAACUGAUCUCGGCGGGCAGUCCGUGCCCUGGCUUCUCCCGACUACAGAUGGACCAGUUGAGCGAUAAAUCAAGACGAAAUGCUUCUAUGGUUGCUUCUGUGGUUGCCUAUGUUGACUUCUACGUUCCUGAGUACUUCGUGCUUGAGAACGUUGUCUCUAUGACAUCGGGUAUGGGGAGAGACAAGACCGAAAACGUCUUCUCUCAGAUCAUCGCGGCGCUGGUCGGUCUCGGGUAUCAGGUUCAGCAGUUUUUGAUGGAUGCCUGGUCCUACGGGAGCUCCCAACAACGAUCACGAGUCUUCAUUGUGGCCUCAGCACCGGGACUGCCGCCGCUCAACCAGCCACAACAUAGCCAUGGGCACCCGCCAAAUGCCUUCCAAGGACGUGCAUUGGGAAAGUCGAGCAACGGUCUUUCUUUUGGGAUCAGAAAGAACUGCUUCGCCCCAUUUGAGCACAUCACCCCAAAGCAGGCUUGUUCUGACCUGCCAAAUAUCGACGAUGCUCAGGUACAGCUAUGCCUGACAUUCCCGGACCAUCGCACAGCCAUCAAUGAACCAGCAGCCAAUCGUACGCGCAUGGCAGUGGUUCCGACAAGACCGCAUGGCAUGGGUCUGAUGCAGGCCAAAUUGAAGGGCCUCUUGCGCGGCGAGCCCUCCGAGCAUUGCGACCAAGUCGGCCGUGUCCGCAGCCUGCCCACAUCGACAAUGUAUGCCAGAGUGUACCCAAAGUAUCUCUUUCCGACCAUUGUCACUCGGUUGACAGUUGGGGAUGGCAUCAACGGCAGGUGUUUACAUUGGGAACAACCUCGCGCGUUAACGGUUAUGGAGGCAAGGAGAGCGCAGGGCUACCUAGAUCACGAGGUCUUGAUUGGCACUGCAGUGCAGCAGCUGUCAAUUGUGGGCAACAGUGUUGAUCGCAAAGUCGCCCUUAUGCUUGGUCUGCUGCUGCGAGAGUCGUGGAUGGGAGUUGAUACGGCUGCUGCUGCUGGACAUGAUGCGUUGGAUGAUCGUGCUGACUUUGCUGAUCUCGAGGACGAGGACUCUGGUCAAGAUGAGGAGCAAGACUAUGCUGGCUUCAACGCAGAGGAGGAGAUGGGAGAGUCGCAGUCACCAGCCGCUGGAUCAAGCGGCAACCACCAGGAGGUAUCUCGCGCAACCGACGUGGAAGACAUGAACAUCGAUAAUCGAAGCGCAAAGAUCGCACUCCAAUUGAGCGCCGAGGAGAUCGAGGAGGUCAAACGGGACCAUUUCAGAGCCAUUGGCCGCAUCUUAGAUGCGAGAGCACAGUAG